AUGUCCUUUCUUCGUCCUACCAUGUCGAGCCUGCGACGCGCGGUCAACGGUGGAAAAGACGAGCAACACCUCCAUGGAGAUCCCUCUGCCACUGCGGGUGUCGCACAACCCCUCCCAGCGCAGCCGAUCUUCCACAACGCUGCCACAGCUGACUACUCGCACGUGUCUAGUCGUGUGGACACCGGCCUCCGCAGCCGCGUUCGCACGUCCUCGCUGACUCGGCGCCCCGCUGCAACCGCUGUGCCCCGUUCGCCGUCCCUGCGCGAGUUUUCGGACAGAUGCGACAGUGUCAUCCAACGCGCGCAGGAGAUGCUCGAGCGCACACGUGAGCAGGAGCUGAAAGUGACGAAGGCACUCGAGGAGCGUAAGUCGCAAUCCCCCGCGCGCCAAGCAACGCCACCCCCGCAAAGAGAGAUGACCCCGCAACGGACGCCGGCAAACAUGCAGGCCGGCCUCGCUUCUCCCUCGUCGUCCCCAGCGAUGCUGAACGCACCCUACACUACGCCGGUGGCACCGCCAAGGGCGUCGUCGACCCUCACCACCACAUCGCCCACUCUCCCGCCGCUUCCGGCACCUCCGCCGACCCCGGCAGGUCUCCCGCACAGUCCGCCGCCCACGCAGCCAGACACUGACAAGGGCCCCAGCGAUCCCGUCGGCCGCUUCUCGCCUCCCUCGCUAUUUCAGCGCCUUCGGCAAUCCUGGCAGCGUGGAUCCGGCCUGGCAUGGGAGGCCCACGCAACGUCGCCUACACCGUCGUCGCCCGAUGGGGCGCUGUCCGUCGGCAUCGCACGCGUGAGCCCGCGCAAGUCAGUGCGCUUCGCCAGCCCCGACAAGCUGGAGACGGUCACACCGACGAAGGUGGUCGUGCUAUCCAGCGAUGACGACGACGAAGACGAAGAAGACGAGGAAACAAGCGAGGAUGGGGAGGAGGAAGAGCAGGGGCAGCUGCCGCCCACCAAGAAGACGCGCGCUGAGUCGAGCGGCUGCCGCCACACGCCUCACCGCGAUUCUAUCGUAGUGCCGCCAGCUCCACCUCCGUCCGCCGUAAAGCCCGGCAGCCGUAGCCGCAGCGGGAGCAGCAACUCUUUGCCCUCCUCCAGGUCCCCCCCGCCGUCACGGGGCACUGUGUCUCCUCCGUCCUCGCAUAGGGAGGGCACCCGAUCGCCCUCCUCCACGCGCGCAACCUCGCCUCGCCAGUGUAGCGGCAGCAGUGGCGAUGGAAGCAGAAGUGGUCGCAGCUCCACCUCCUCGAGUCGCCCGCCGAUGAAUCAUGACGAGGUCAAGGAGUACGUCAUACAACACACCAUCCGCCGCUCGCUCUCGCGUAUCUCGAGGGCCAACAUGGAGGACUAUCUCAGAGAGGAGGGCGUGACGCUGCCAGCCGAGGGACAUUGGCUGAAGCGGCAACUCCUUGCACACAUCCGCGCCCUCAUCAAGCAGGAGCUAGCGCCGCACUGA